AUGGCCGCGGCGGGCUUGGCUCUGGCGAAACACUAUCGUCGACCGGGGUCGUACAGGCCAACCAAGAUCUGCGUUGACCGCGUAAACGAGCAAGAUCGCUUCGAGAGGUGGCUACGCGAAAAGACGCGGAACGAGCUCAUCGACAUGAUCCUGGAGGAACCGAUUAUCGUACGACAGCUCUCCAGAAGGGAGUCCGAGUGCCCUGACAGGCGUGGUGACGCCAACGAGCAUGAUGUUCGAACGAGGCAUUACGCGGAUUACCACGACGACGACGACGACGAUGAUCCAGAAGAUCCGCGAGCGGAUCACGACGACGACGACGACGAUGAUCCAGAAGAUCCGCGAGACGACGACUGCGCGAACGACGAUUCGGAUUACGCGGUGGAAUAA